AUGGAAACUUUGUCAAUCCUCAAGAAUUUACCAGACGACAUCAUUCUCGAGGUCUUUGAUCAUCUUUCCCUCCAUUGGGUCAACGAAGUUAUCCACACAGGGGGAUACCGAUUUGUCAGGCUCCUCCAACCGUAUCUUAUUUCGCGCAUCAGCAAUGGUUACGAGGGACUUGGUGUCCUUCUCUAUGCCACCUCUUCCGGAGAUAAACGUCUCACCUCCCUCCUCCUGCAGAAUUCUCAAAACAUCACCAUGGCCCAAGAAAUAAUUCAGGACGAUGAAGAAGAAACAAUUGUCACAUAUAAAAGUCCUGGACAGCCUAUUUUCCGCUUUUUGCUCGAAGACGAAGAGCUUAAAUUCUACGACCAAACUUCCGAAUCGGCAGCAUUGCAUUGGGCAAUCCGCAACAGCGACUACCGCACAACGCAAAGCAUCCUUAAAUCCUUCAAGUGUACUUGUGAUACAUACAGUAAUUGCAUGCUCCAUAUCGGAGGGACUCUCGACGAGGAAGCUCCUGCCGAACUUCAGUUCCCCUCGCCCCUCCUAUAUCCAUGUAUGACCGGAAACUUAAGAAUGGUUCAAUUGAUCUUAUCUUUCACCGGCUUUCCACAUCUCCUUGCCAACACAGUAAUCGCCGGAAAGGACCUCUUUACCGGCCGUACCGCGCUGCACCUCGCAUGUAUUAACGGCAACGAUGAAGUCCUAAAACUCAUCCUCAACAGUGGCAACGCGGCCGGAGGCCAAAGGCAGGUGAUGGAUGAUUCGGGAAUGACACCAAUCGAUUAUGCUGUGAAGUACAAGCACAGGGAACUUGUUCGCCGACUUGCCAUGAAUACCAGAGAUCGUUUUAAUUACGAAGACCCACGCAACCGCACAGUACUUAUGAUCGCUGCAGCGCAUUGUUUUAAUGAUCUCGCGGAGGAGCAGAUUGAAAUAUCUCAAGACGACCCCGAAGGAAAAGACUCGACACAGAUGACGCCGCUGCAUUAUGCCGCAGCUGGGAGUAACGCAGUUGUUACGAAGAUGCUGCUAAAGAUGGGAGUCUUCGUUGAUCCGACGGAUCAUAUUGGACGGACGCCGCUCCAUAUUGCGGCACGCCUGGGGAACGUGAAGGUUUUGAGACAGCUGUUAGGGCGUGGUGCGAGACAGGAUGUGAUAGAUGACUAUGGGAUGACGCCGUUGCAUUUGGCUUGCAAGCGUGGAUCUAUAAAGAUCGUGGAGAUGCUGUUGCGGGCAGGCUCGCAGAAAUAUAUCAACGUGGUAGAUAAAUUCAGAAGGACGCCGCUGCAUAUCUGUGCGAGGCAUAGGAGCAGUAGCGCAGCAUGUGAGUUGUUGGUGAAGAAUGGGGCGGAUUUGACGGCGCUAGACGUUAACGGAAAGCCACCGAGGUGGCCGAUGGUGAAAAAGGAUAAAUGA